AGGGAAGAGCUCGAGAAAAUAGCCGACGUCGGCUACCAGUCAGUAGAAAGUGAACGAUCGGACACACCGGAUCGGUCGAGCUGGUCCCGUUGGUCUCGAGCUCAGCUCUGGCAAACCGUCCCCUCGAGUGUACGGUGUGAACAAUCCGACACCAUAAAUUGCUGGUUUCGCGUGCAUUUUCUCGAGUGGAAAAGCGCGAUCGAAAAGUAAAGAUUAAGAGGGAGAGCAACGAAGACCCUGCAAUAAGAAGACCGUGACCUGCCGUCGGGUUUAGUGUGUGAUACUGAUACCGUGUGCCAAAAACCCAUCGUGCCAGUGCCAUUGAAAAUUGCAAUUCUUGAUUUAAAUUCCAUGCAGCAGCAGAAGCAGUAGCAGCAGCAGUUCCAGCUUCAGGGGAACGUGAUAGAAGUUUAGUGAAACAAGCAGAGGGAAGCAGAAUUUAAGGAGCACUUUAGAGAGCAACGCAGUAACGGCAGUCCGGGCAGUGAAGACCGAUCAGGUGCCGUCGGUAGCCAAGCUGGCUAAUACUCGCUGCUAGUCGAACUCGAUCGUCAGCCCUUCGGUCAGGCGUAGGGCUGUGUCGUAGCCGGGCCAUCAUCACGAUGGGGACCCGAACCAAAUGGUUAAUCACUACCUCGCUGAUAGUGUGGUACGCACAACUGGCACAUUCGCAAUUUUGGUCCGAUCUGUCGAGCGGUGGCGUUGGGCUAUUUAAGCGCGCCGAAGAUGACCAUCCACGGCACGUGCAACCGAAUAUUGAUCCGAGCUAUACGAUCAUUGAUCCAGCCAGUGGUCCGGUAGGGCCACCAUCGAAAAACUGCACAUCCGGCGGCUGUUGUCUGCCGAAAUGCUUCGCCGAAAAGGGUAACCGUGGCCUGCCAGGACCGAUGGGUCUGAAGGGGGUGAAGGGCGUCCGUGGUUUCCCCGGAGCGGAAGGUUUACCCGGCGAGAAAGGUACCAAGGGUGAGGCGGGACCACUGGGGCUGCAGGGUCCGAAGGGAGAUCGAGGCCGUGACGGGCUGCCCGGUUACCCUGGCAUCCCCGGAACGAACGGUGUCCCCGGUGCUCCCGGUGCCCCCGGAUUGUCGGGACGGGACGGCUGCAACGGUACGGACGGAUUGCCCGGUCUGCCUGGUCUGCCCGGAUCUCCCGGCCCUCGCGGUUACGGCGGUAUUCCCGGAACGAAAGGCGACAAAGGUGAACCGGCACGGCAACCGGAGAACUACAACAAGGGCCAGAAAGGUGAACCGGGUUUGGAAGGACCGCAAGGACACCGAGGACCGGCCGGUGAACCGGGACAGCGUGGUUUCAGUGGUACACCCGGAGAAAAAGGUCCAGCAGGCAUCGAUGGUCAGAAGGGCGAGCGAGGCGACAAGGGAGAGUGCACCAAGGGCGCCAAAGGAGAGAAGGGUGCGAUGGGCGUCGAGGUGUACGAGUUCCGGCCGAUCGACGAAACGACUGGACCGCAGGGUGAGAAAGGCGAACCUGGAGCACCUGGGGUGCCCGGUCGAGCUGGCGAGAAGGGACAGGCCGGCGAUCGGGGACAGAUUGGUGACCGUGGCCACAAGGGCGAAAAAGGACUCCCCGGACAGCCUGGACCGCGCGGACGAGAUGGUAACUUCGGACCGAUUGGUUUGCCAGGACAAAAGGGAGACCGAGGAUCGGAGGGUCUGCACGGACUGAAGGGUAACGUUGGACCGAAGGGUGAUGCCGGACGUGACGGUAUCCCUGGCCAACCGGGUAUCGCUGGACCGCCGGGUGCGCCUGGUGGUGGCGAAGGACGGCCAGGAGCUCCGGGACCGAAGGGACCGCGCGGCUACGAAGGACCACCGGGACCAAAGGGUAUGGACGGAUUCCAUGGCGAGGUCGGCGAGCGAGGCCAGAUGGGACCGAAGGGUGGCCAGGGCGUGCCUGGUCGUCCCGGUCCGGAAGGUUUCCCGGGAGCGAAGGGCGAAAAGGGAGAGCCGGGAUCACUCGGUAUGCCCGGUACGCAGGGCCCACGCGGAUACCCCGGUCAACCGGGACCGGAAGGACCUCGCGGUGAACCUGGUCAGCCCGGUUUUGGUAUCGCUGGACCGAAGGGUAACGCUGGAAUACCAGGCUUCCCCGGUGGCAAGGGACAGAAGGGAGAACGAGGCUUCAAGGGAGUGAUGGGAACGCCCGGCGAUGCAAAGGAAGGCCGUCCGGGUGCUCCGGGAGUAGCGGGACGCGAUGGCGAAAAGGGCGACGCGGGACGACCGGGUAUCCCCGGAACGAAGGGUGACCGCGGAGCGAAGGGUGACAUCGGUGGACGCUGUACGGACUGUCGGCCGGGCUUGAAGGGUGAUAAGGGUGAGCGUGGUUACGCCGGUGAACCGGGACGACCGGGUAAGCCGGGUGAACCGGGCGAGCGCGGAUUCCCCGGUAUUCCCGGUGAGGACGGACAGGUUGGACUGCAAGGCGAGUGGGGCCAGAAAGGUGAACCAGGUAUUGAUGGUCCACCGGGUGUUGCCGGUGAACCAGGAGCAGACUAUAUCGUCACGGAGAACCAAGUGAAGGUCAUCAAGGGUGAUAAGGGUCAACCGGGUCUACCGGGUAUUCAGGGUGUGAAAGGCGAGAAAGGAUACAUGGGAUUGACGGGCCCGGAAGGCAAGAUGGGCCCACGCGGACUGAAAGGAGACAAGGGCAGACCGGGAGAACCCGGAUUCGACGGGGCACCGGGUGCGUCCGGAAAGGAUGGACUCCCGGGACGACACGGACAGACGAUCAAGGGAGAGCCGGGCCUUAAAGGUAACGUUGGCUACAGCGGCCAAAAGGGUGACAAAGGUUAUACGGGUCUGAAGGGAGAACCGGGCAAGUGCGCGGACAUUCCACCGAACCUAGAGGCAGCCAUCCGAGGACCACAGGGAAAUCCAGGUGAGAAGGGUGCUCCGGGCAUUCAGGGUAUUCGCGGAGAUAAGGGCGACAUGGGUGAGCAGGGUAGGACAGGUAUGCCGGGUAAUGCCGGUCCUACGGGAGCCCCCGGACCGGUCGGCCCCCGUGGAUUGACGGGUCAGCGAGGCGAGAAGGGAAAUUCGGGACCGAUGGGACCACCGGGAGCACCGGGACGCGACGGAUUGCCCGGAGCGCCGGGAUUGAUCGGUCAGAAGGGUGGCAAGGGAGAUCCGGGACUAUCGAUGGUCGGACCACCGGGCCCGAAGGGUAAUAUGGGAUUGCGUGGACCGAAAGGUGACCGUGGUAGCCCCGGCGAUCGUGGAGAUGCAGGUUUGCCCGGUUCCGUUGGGUAUCCGGGUGAAAAGGGUGACCAAGGAUUGUCGGGACCUCCGGGAUAUCCUGGAGAAGUUGGCCCUAAGGGUGAGCCCGGUCCGAAGGGACCAGCUGGACAUCCGGGCGCACCCGGUAUUCCGGGACUGGACGGUGUCAAGGGAAUGCCCGGUCUGCGCGGAGACGUCGGUGAACAGGGCAUGAUCGGAUUGCCGGGCCAGAAGGGUGACAAGGGCCAGGCUGGUAACGAUGGACUGAAGGGAUUCCAGGGCCGCAAGGGUAUGAUGGGCAGCACCGGCUAUCCGGGUGCCCGUGGACCCCAGGGAACGAAGGGCGAACCGGGCGAGAAAGGCGAUCGCGGUGAUGUCGGCCCGAAAGGUUUGCAAGGUAUGUCCGGUCCGCCAGGUAUGCUCGGUCCCAAGGGCGACAAGGGUUUGGCCGGUCUUCCGGGUCCCGUCUGUCUACCGGGUCUGUCGGGCGAGAAGGGAGACAAGGGUUUCAUAGGACUGCAGGGACUGCCGGGAGAACCGGGUGCGGCUUCGGAGAAGGGACAGAAAGGAGAACCAGGUUCACCGGGACUGCGUGGUAAUGACGGAUUGCCCGGUCUCGAGGGAGCGCCAGGACCGAAAGGUGACCAAGGUGCAUCGGCCUAUGGACGACCGGGACCGCAAGGCGAGAAGGGAGACAUCGGUAUCUCCGGUAUGGAUGGUCUACCAGGAGCCAAUGGAUUGAAGGGAGACAUGGGCGUGCAAGGAUUCCCGGGUAUUAAGGGAGACAAAGGUACUACCGGCCAUCCGGGUAUUCCUGGAGCACCCUGCAUGGAUGGACUGCCGGGAGCGGAAGGCCCCAUCGGUCCUCGCGGCUAUGAUGGCGAGAAAGGCUUCAAGGGUGAACCAGGUCGCAUCGGGGAUCGUGGGGACCGUGGUGAGAAGGGAGACCAGGGACUGAUCGGUCCCGUUGGAUUGAUGGGUCUCAAGGGUGAUCGUGGUAUUCCCGGUGAGCCGGGUCUGCCGGCCACGGUCGAUGCGAUCAAAGGAGACAAGGGUGAGCCAGGCUUCCCGGGACCGAUCGGUCGUCCGGGUAAGGUCGGAUUGCCGGGAGCUCCAGGUGAGCCAGGCAAUAAGGGAGAGGCGGGUCUGCAGGGUCUGCCCGGAUUCCCGGGUCCUCCAGGCAUGAACGGUCUCGUCGGACAGAAGGGCGACAUCGGUUUGCAGGGCGAGAAGGGUGACACCUGUCCGGCGGUAAAGGGUGAAAAGGGUCUUCCGGGACGGCCGGGCAAGACGGGACGUGAUGGUCCGCCAGGAUUGGUCGGCGAGAAGGGUGACAAGGGCUUGGCCGGACUUCCAGGUCCGACCGGCCCGCCCGGACCACCGGGACCGCUAGGACGCCAAGGAGAGAAGGGUGACCGUGGUGAUACCGGACUCGUUGGACGCGCCGGUAAAGAUGGAUUCCCCGGUGCACCGGGACAGCGUGGCCCACCAGGACCUCAGGGAGAAAAGGGAGAUCAGGGACCACCGGGAUUCCUUGGACCGAAGGGCGACAAAGGGGAACGGGGCCGGGACGGUCUCAAUGGACUGAAUGGACCCCAGGGCUUGAAGGGCGACCGUGGUUUACCGGGUGUGGAGGGAGUGGCUGGUCUGCCUGGAUUGCAGGGCGAAAAGGGCGAACAGGGUCUCCGCGGUCUUUCCGGUUUGGAUGGCGCACGAGGUGAUAAGGGACAGAAGGGAGAGACACCGCAGCUUCCUCCACAGCGCAAGGGACCCCCCGGACCACCUGGAUAUGAUGGCCCCAAGGGUGAUAAGGGUUUGCCAGGAUUGGCUGGACCUUCCGGUAUUCCCGGAGCACCUGGAGCACCGGGCGAAGUCGGUCUGCGUGGAUUCGAGGGUGCCCGAGGACUCCAAGGAUUGCGUGGUGACGUCGGACCGGAAGGUCGACCUGGACGUGACGGUGCACCGGGAUUGCCGGGUAUUAAGGGAGAAGCGGGCCGGGACUGUGCUGCCGCGCCCUACUACACCGGUAUCCUGCUCGUCCGCCACAGCCAAUCCGAGGAGAUUCCGCAGUGUGAACAGGGCCACAUCAAACUGUGGGACGGUUACUCGCUUCUGUACGUCGACGGUAACGACUAUCCGCACAAUCAGGAUCUCGGCUCGGCCGGUUCCUGCGUGCGCAAGUUCUCCACCCUACCGAUCCUGGUAUGCGGACAGAACAAUGUCUGCAACUAUGCAUCACGCAACGAUCGGACGUUCUGGUUGUCGACCUCGGCACCGAUCCCGAUGAUGCCGGUUUCGGAGAACGAGAUGCGACCGUACAUCUCCCGGUGUGCGGUAUGCGAAGCGCCCACCAACGUCAUCGCCGUGCACAGUCAAUCGCUGCACAUUCCGGACUGUCCCAGCGGUUGGGAUGGCCUGUGGAUCGGCUACAGUUUCCUGAUGCACACGGCGGUCGGACAUGGUGGUGGUGGUCAGUCGCUGUCUGGUUCGGGAUCCUGUCUAGAGGACUUCCGUGCCACACCGUUCAUCGAGUGUAACGGUGGUAAGGGCCACUGUCACUACUAUGAGACACAGACCUCGUUCUGGCUGGUAUCGCUCGAGGAUCACCAGCAGUUCAAGCGACCGGAACAGCAAACGCUCAAGUCCGGCAAUCUCCUAUCACGUGUCUCCAGAUGUCAGGUGUGCAUCCGCCGCUAGGCGGCACUAGGGUUUCCACCUUCCUCUUCCUCACUGCGCCAGGGAAACAUGCGAAGGAAGCGGAUAGCGUGUGGGCAGGGAGGGACUUACGGUGGACGAUGUUCCGUCUUGGGAAGGGCUAAUUAUGGUUCGGGAGGGGGAACACCACUCGCACAUGUCCCAGGUACCCCUUUGGCGUCUGUCUGUUUGUCUGUCUGCCGUUCGAUCGUCACUUUUACCUAUCCAUACGAACCAUCGAACGCAUCGAACCAAGUAAAAACCAAAAACUAACCUGUUGUACCCACAUGAGCCAAUCAAAAACAGGAUACUCGGUGGGACCGAAAUGAACUCCGAGGGAUACUAGGAUGUCGUAUUACUUAUAUAGACGAAGUAGCGAAGAAGUAGAGGGAGAAAGCUAGAACCGAGGAGAGAGAAAGAGAACCACAAGCAACCAGCGCAAUCGAUUACCCAGUGUUCCAACCAUCCCAGUAAGAGGCCAACAAAAAGCUUUUCUAUUACUUUCUUUUUAAUCGUACUCCUAACACACAAGCAAAGCGAACCAUGCCAUCAGAAAGGAUGAGAGAGAGAGAAAAAGGAAAGAAAGAAGGGAGAGAGGGGGAGAGAGAUAGUGACGAGAGUGAAGAACGAAGGGGGAAGGAUCAAACAUCGAAUGAUGAUGAUACAUUACCAAAUAUCACGUACAAGAGCGACGCAUCGCAGGAGGGUCUAACUCAAUUCUAAAUUCCUUAAAAUGAUCAUGUGGUACCAGUUGAAACAGCGAAUACUUCUUAUUUGUGUCUAGUUAUACUAGUUGUUAGGGAGUAGGUACACGUAGAGAGCGUCGUGUACGCGUCGUGUUGCUUUGGUUGAUCGCUAAACUGGAAAAAAGCGAUCGAACUAAGCAACCCUUUUUGACACCAUUUCUGCCGCCAAUACUAACAAACACAGCCCAUGGAAACUAGUGCUCUCUGCCAUUUUUUUGUGAUUCCCUUAGAUAGAUCCCAUGUUUUGUGCAGCAGCAGCAGCAGCAGCGGGACGAGCUGUGUGCCCUGCCGCCAUAAAAGAGAAGCCGGCAAUAAGCGCGAAAACUGCCAAUACCUUUUUGGAGAACGAAUCCAACGAACCUGCCCUUAGCUAAGCAACGACAGAACGAGAGCGUACGAAGGAGUAGAGUAUGCCACAACAGUAGUGCCAUUUGAAAGUGGAGAACUCAUUCUGAGUCUCCGUCUCAGCCACACGCAAUGGGUGCAAUCAAUGAAGGAUCAUCUUUCACUGCGUUUAGCUCAGCAAGCCAGAGUUUAGCCAGUCUGCCACGAAGGAAACAGGCCCUGCCAUCUUGAUGUUCUCAGCCCCCAGCUGCAAUAACUAGUUCAUCCUCCGCAAAUUCCCGUACUGUGUUUGAUCAGUUCGUUUUAAUUUUAAAACUCCCCAUUUAUUGUAACAUAACAGAAACCAAGUUGAAGAUGAAAUAAACUUCUUACCGUAUAAUGUG